AUGGAGGCCAGGUGGCCGGCAGCAAGCGCAGAGCAUCCAUCCAUCCUCAGUUUCCUCACCGCCGCCAUGCAAAUGCUGGACUCCACCUACGCCUCCCCUUGGCCCGACCUCAUGCCAUCGCCGUCGCAUCCCCCGCCGCCCGCCACUCUACACCGCCACCUCCGCGCCGCCGCCACCAGCCGCCGCGUCGCCAAGCGCCGCCCGCGCCCGUCGCGGCGCCAGCCCACCACCUACAUCACCGCCGACCCGGCCAGCUUCCGCCGCAUGGUGCACCAGGUCACCGGCGCCGACAACCUCCCGCCGCCGCCACCACCGUCGUUCUCUCCGCGGCCGGAGCUCCUCCACCCUGUAGUACCCGCCCCAGCGGGCUCGGCCGGCGCGCUGAUGCUGCCGACGCUCGACACCUCGGCCUUCCUUCCCGGCCGCAGGGCGCCGGUGGCGUUGAUAGGAGCACCGGGGGGCAACUACAGCAGCAGCAGUAGCAGCAGCGGCGACAAAAAUGGGUUCCCGACCUUGGACUCGUGGGAUCUUCUGUAAAUCAUAUCGAUCGGUUUCUGAUUCUGCAUGGAUGCAAUUGAUUAAGAGUAAGACAAGAUUGACGAACAGAGGCAUCUCUGAUUCUCUGUUCGUGUCCUUGAUGAUUAAUUUUAGCUUAUGCCUCAUAUAUACAUGGAUAUGGGCUACCGGUUCUGUAUUUAUGCUGCUUAGUGCUUACUUAAUUCAGAUUUUUUUUUCCAUGUUUCUUAAGGCGAUUGUUAACCAAGCUCGAUUGCUCCUCCUACUGAGUUCCUGCAGCAGCCUCAGGGUUCUUAAUUUUUACAGGAUUUACCUUCUUGUUAAUUGUGGAGUACCACACUUCACUGUGCAGGUCUGCAGUUCUUCUCUCUUUUUUUUUUGGUCUGUUUGAUUGGUUCUUGUUUUUCUAUUGGUUUCGAGUCUUUGAUGAGUACUCCUUCCAUAAAGUUACUACCAGCUAACCAGCAGCAUCUCUCAAUGAAAAUGCCCUUGUUUCAUUUGGUUGCUUGCCAUUUCCAACAUUUAUUUUUCCCGACUAU